AUGACUCUUAUGAAAUAUUUAACAGUGUUUAUAUGCGUAUGUAUGAGUAAAACUUACACUAUGUUAGGACUGGAUGACCGGCCUGACACCCUUGGCGUAAUACCUCUAUCGAUUGCUCGCUUGUUCAGAGUUCUCCAAAAUGACCAAGACGACGACGAUGAAGAUGAUGAUAAUGAUGUAAAAAGUGAUGAUAAUGAUGGUAAAAGUGAUGAUGAUGAUGGUAAGAGUGAUGGAAGGAGUGAAGGAAGGAGGAGUAAUUUUGGGAAAUUUGUCGGAAAAUUUGUGGUUCGGGUUUCAGCGUUGGAAAUCGUCGGCAAAAAUGUUAAGGAUUUGUUGUUGGAAUGGAACAGUCCGGAUGGUCCUGAAAUCAUUGGUUCAACUCUGAAAUCGCCACAACAACAGCAACAGCAACAUCUUCAACAACAACAACUUCAACAUCAACAACAUUAUCAACAGCAACAUCAUUUUGACUUUUCAAGCAUCAGCAAGCACGAAGCUACCACAGCUGAACAAGCUGCUCUUUGCUUGGAUUCUGCAAUCGCGUCAAGACCCGUCUUAGAUGACGAACAAGAACGAAGACAUUCGCAUUUCCUGUUCACCCUUCACGUCUGCAGAGAAAUCGACAGCGGACAAUUACAUCACCAUGGAUGUCUCCAUCUUCUGGAUCUUGGGAGCUGUGGGAGGCACAAAGAUUGCGGAUCGACUCAAAGUUUGACGGAAGUGGGCAACGUCAUAUCCUCUAUCUUGAAUGGCAAGCAGUUUAUUCCGCAUGGUAGCAGCCAACUGACCAACUUACUGAAAUGUAUGUACCUGCCAAGCAAGAUAGAUCACACAUCCAUCAUCGUACAUGUUUCAACAUCCACAAAAUCAUACAAUCAAACCCUUCAAGUCCUUCAUUUCGCCUCGCAACUCAAGAAAUCACUUUCCAGGACGAGAUAUGCCUCAGGCAUGUCAAACUCGACGAUCAGCAGUCGGAGCAAUACGAGACAUUCCGAUGUCGAUUAUUCGUCGAGUAGCGAGCAGUCGGUUGAUACGGUUAUAUUCGUGGCCAACGGAAAAACCGUCGGUAAGGAUCCAACUGUCGGCGUUAACUGCGAAAAACCGACAUUAAAUUCGACUCCACCCAUUGCCAAAAUUCACCUCAAAAAUAGAAAGAAUAGGAUUGCUUCGUGUGAGAAAGAUGACCUGACAUCAUCGGUAUCGAGUAUUCGAGCCCAGCCACCAGGUCGUGAGAGCAUAUUUCGCGGCGAGUUGAACGUGGAAAAUGAAAAAUCCGACAACCUACACGACGAAAUUGUCAGCAAUAUUUUCAAAAACAAAACGAUUGAAAAUUCAUUAUUAACGUCUGGAAAAACUGAAGUUGGAGGAAGCAAUAAAGAGUUAUGGGUGGAUGGCCCUAAGAAGAACGGCUCCAUGAACCACUCGGAAAAGUGGAUCGACGGGCCAAUCGGUGAAUUUUGGACGACUCCACACGCCGGCAUUCACGGGAUUUCAUCUCCCAAAAUUAAAAAAAUUUAUUCCGCUCUCAAGAACAGCAAGCACAAACAAAAUUGUUGCGGAUUGAAUGCAGAGAAAGUUAGUACUGUCAGCGAUGCUCAAGAAAAUGUUGAGGUCUGUCCAAACAAUAUCGCUGCAGAACCAUCUGCAGAACCAUUUCUAGUAGAAGCUAGUCCUGAGAUAAACGCCUUUCAUAAUUUUUACACCAAGUACAAACAGGACCUCAUACAAAACGAUGCUACAUCAAUUUCGAGGAAUCACAUCGCGGAAAUUUUUUCCUCUAGGAGGAGCUGCUGCUGCAAGUGCCACCUCGACAGGAAGCUGAAUUUCAAAUCACCAAAGCGCAACUCGUCGAAGGAUAAGGAAGGGAAACAUCGUCUGAAAAAACUGGAAAAUCUCACUUCUAAAAAUUGCAAAAGCAAUAAAACGGAUCGAACUGCGAAAUGGGUGUGCAACGUUCAGGAUUCCAGCUUUGCAAAGUUCAGUCAGCUGCUUCAUUCUCGUAAAGAACUCCUCAAAACAUUUCAAUCUCCCAAGAACAAACAAAACCUGAAACCUAUAUUAGUGGAAUAUUUUCAAAAUGCUUCGCCCAUAGCCACUUUCGAUGCCAGUACAAAAACAAAAGAUGUCCGGUCAUCAUCAUCUCCCCCGCCAGAUUAUUCAUCUUGCCUGCUGAACAAUUGUGACGUUAUGAAUAAUAAAACAUCUAUCGAUCAGAAUUACCUUGGAAUCAUGUCCGAUUUGAAACGAUUGAAACCUUACAAGAACUUACUUUCAAACGUCGACGAUUGCUUCAACUGUUCGAUGUACAACGACGACGACAACAACAACAACAACUGCCUUUCUCUCUCAACAACUUUUCCAGAUGUAACGUUGAACAACGUGACUGAGUUCAGAAAAUCGGGACCAGACGGUGCCUCCUGUCACGACCUGUUCUUCGAGAUCGAUUCCUCAGGCCUAUCGAUGACAGAUUUAAACAACAGCAUCCACAACUCACUGAAGAGAAACCACACAACGAAAGCCAGUUCGUCCCAUAAACAUCACAAAAACGGUCUUAACUAUUCAUCGACAGAAACCAUAUACAUUCCAAAUACUAACCGGUUAACGACUGGAAGAAAUGAGGAAACAAGCGCCUCAAACUGGAGAAACUACUGCCAGUUGAAACCAAACUCGACAUCAUCUCCAUCAAAAUCGAACGAUUCACCGGUAAAACGAGAUCGGUGUAACAUCGCGAUGGCCUUACUGUCAUGUGCCACAAGAAACAAAAAACGCUCAAGUAGUAACUGCCGCUCAAAAAAACCUCAAAACUCACUUUACUCAAGCUUCUGUUUGAAACCUCACAACAGAAACGACAACAUAAAUGACGGAAUCGUUGACAGGGAUGUACCAAGAUACUUAGUUCACGGUAAGAGAACCGUCACGGUCACUCAUAAAACGAGUUGUAACGGAGCGAAUAAUAUUCGAUCGGUAAUAACGUCAUCACCCUCUAAUGCUUCCAAUUCGUUUUGCAACAGAACUUCCAGGUAAUUUGAAACGUGUGAUAGGCAACGCAAAACCGGCAAAUUAGAUUUAAAUAGAUAAAACGUCACAUUGAGAACAAAUUUAAAUAAAAAUAUAUAGGUGAAUAUUUUUCCAUUUUGUUUUUUAUACUAUAUGGCCUGCAGACUAGCAAAUGUUGCGUUCAGAUCUACAAAGGGUUAAACUAAUUCAUUUAAAAUAUGCAUAUGUUUCUGAAUCUUUUCAAGUUUUCAAUUUUUAAUAGGGUAGAAGACAUAAUUUUCAAUGUGUGCAAGAGCGUCAUGCAGACACCAUAGUUAUCAUUUCUUUUGUUUUAGCUUUGCUUGUUGGUUUUAUUUUCUAUUUUCACUUGAUAAAUAUUUCGUUUUGUUAA